AUGCCCGGGAUCGUGGUGUUCCGGCGGCGCUGGUCUGUGGGCAGUGAUGACCUCGUCCUGCCGGCCAUCUUCCUCUUCCUCCUGCACACCACCUGGUUUGUGAUCCUGUCCGUGGUGCUCUUCGGCCUGGUCUACAACCCACACGAGGCCUGCUCGCUGAACCUGGUGGACCACGGCCGCGGCUACCUGGGCAUCCUGCUGAGCUGCAUGAUCGCCGAGAUGGCCAUCAUCUGGCUGAGCAUGCGCGGGGGCAUCCUCUACACAGAGCCCCGCGAGUCCAUGCAGUACGUGCUCUACGUGCGCCUGGCCAUCCUGGUGAUCGAGUUCAUCUAUGCCAUUGUGGGCAUCGUCUGGCUCACUCAGUACUACACCUCCUGCAAUGACCUCACUGCCAAGAAUGUCACCCUCGGGAUGGUCGUCUGCAAUUGGGUGGUCAUCCUCAGCGUCUGCAUCACCGUCCUCUGUGUCUUCGACCCCACGGGCCGCACCUUUGUCAAGCUCAGAGCCACCAAGAGGCGGCAGCGCAACCUCCGGACCUAUAACCUCCGGCACCGCUUAGAGGAGGGUCAGGCCACCAGCUGGUCGCGCCGGCUCAAAGUGUUCCUCUGCUGCACUCGGACGAAGGACUCCCAGUCAGAUGCCUACUCAGAAAUCGCCUACCUCUUUGCCGAGUUUUUCCGAGACCUCGACAUCGUGCCGUCUGACAUCAUCGCGGGCCUGGUGCUGCUCCGGCAGCGGCAAAGGGCCAAGCGCAAUGCGGUGCUGGACGAGGCGAACAAUGACAUCUUGGCCUUCCUGUCUGGGAUGCCGGUGACCAGAAACACCAAGUAUCUCGACCUCAAGAACUCGCAAGAGAUGCUCCGCUACAAAGAGGUCUGCUACUACAUGCUCUUUGCUCUGGCUGCCUACGGGUGGCCCAUGUACCUGAUGCGGAAGCCUGCCUGUGGCCUCUGCCAGCUGGCCCGGUCCUGCUCGUGCUGCCUGUGCCCCGCGCGACCCCGCUUCGCCCCGGGGGUCACCAUCGAGGAAGACAACUGCUGUGGCUGCAACGCCAUUGCCAUCCGGCGCCACUUCCUGGACGAGAACAUGACCGCGGUGGACAUUGUGUACACCUCCUGCCACGACGCGGUCUAUGAGACCCCCUUCUACGUGGCAGUGGACCAUGACAAGAAGAAGGUGGUGAUCAGUAUCCGAGGAACCCUCUCCCCCAAGGACGCGCUGACAGACCUGACCGGUGACGCUGAGCGCCUCCCCGUGGAGGGGCACCACGGCACCUGGCUGGGACACAAGGGAAUGGUCCUCUCGGCUGAGUACAUCAAGAAGAAGCUGGAGCAGGAGAUGGUCCUGUCCCAGGCCUUUGGGCGAGACCUGGGCCGAGGAACCAAACACUACGGCCUGAUUGUGGUGGGCCACUCCCUGGGUGCAGGCACGGCUGCCAUCCUCUCCUUCCUUCUGCGCCCCCAGUACCCUACCCUCAAGUGCUUUGCCUACUCCCCACCAGGGGGCCUGCUGAGCGAGGAUGCCAUGGAGUACUCGAAGGAGUUCGUGACGGCCGUGGUUCUGGGCAAGGAUCUUGUCCCCAGGAUCGGCCUCUCGCAGCUGGAAGGCUUCCGCAGACAGCUCCUGGAUGUCCUGCAGCGAAGCACCAAGCCUAAAUGGCGAAUUAUCGUGGGGGCCACCAAGUGUAUCCCCAAGUCGGAGCUGCCUGAGGAGGUGGAGGUGGCCACACUGGCCAGCACACGGCUCUGGACCCACCCCAGCGACCUGACCAUCGCCCUGUCGGCCAGCACCCCCCUCUACCCACCCGGCCGCAUCAUCCACGUGGUCCACAACCACCCAGCAGAGCAGUGCUGCUGCUGUGAGCAGGAGGAGCCCACGUACUUUGCCAUCUGGGGCGACAACAAAGCCUUCAACGAGGUGAUCAUCUCGCCAGCCAUGCUGCACGAGCACCUCCCCUAUGUGGUCAUGGAGGGGCUUAACAAGGUGCUGGAGAACUACAACAAGGGGAAGACGGCCCUGCUCUCUGCUGCUAAGGUCAUGGUGAGCCCCACAGAGGUGGACCUGACCCCCGAGCUGAUCUUCCAGCAGCAGCCGCUGCCCACAGGGCCCCCCGUGCCCGCCGGCCUCGCCCUAGAGCUGCCAGCCGCAGACCACCGAAACAAUAGUGUCAGGAGCAAGUCCCAGUCUGAGAUGAGCCUGGAGGGCUUCUCGGAGGGGCGGCUGCUGUCCCCGGUGGCUGCGGCCACAGCCGCCCGCCAGGACCCCGUGGAGCUGCUGCUGCUGUCCACGCAGGAGCGGCUGGCGGCGGAGCUGCAGGCGCGGCGGGCGCCGCUGGCCACCAUGGAGAGCCUCUCGGACACGGAGUCGCUGUACAGCUUCGACUCCCGCCGCUCGUCGGGCUUCCGCAGCAUCCGCGGCUCCCCCAGUCUCCAUGCCGUGCUGGAGCGCGACGAAGGCCACCUCUUCUACAUCGACCCCGCCAUCCCGGAGGAGAACCCGUCGCUGAGCUCGCGCACCGAGCUGCUGGCGGCCGACAGCCUGUCCAAGCACUCGCAGGACACGCAGCCCCUGGAGGCGGCCCUGGGCAGCGGGGGCGUCACCCCGGAGCGGCCCCCCAGCGCGGCGGCCAACGAGGAGGAGGAAGAGGAGGGGGGCGGCGGCGGCGGAGGCGGGGCGGCCCCGGGGGCAGAGCUGGCGCUGCACAACGGGCGCCUGGGGGACUCGCCCAGCCCUCAGGUGCUGGAGUUCGCGGAGUUCAUCGACAGCCUCUUCAACCUGGACAGUAAGAGCAGCUCCUUCCAGGACCUGUACUGCAUGGUGGUGCCCGAGAGUCCCACCAGCGACUACGCCGAGGGCCCCAAGUCCCCCAGCCAGCAGGAGAUCCUGCUCCGCGCCCAGUUCGAGCCCAACCUGGUGCCCAAACCCCCGAGGCUCUUUGCCGGCUCGGCAGACCCGUCCUCGGGCAUCUCGCUGUCGCCCUCCUUCCCGCUCAGCUCCUCUGGGGAGCUCAUGGACCUGACGCCCACGGGGCUCAGCAGCCAGGAGUGCCUGGCAGUGGACAAGAUCCGGACUUCGACCCCCACUGGCCCUGGGGCCAGCCCCGCCAAGCAGGACGACCUGGUCAUCUCGGCUCGCUAGCACCCCAGGCAUGGCUGCCGGCCGAGGCCCAGGCCAGGGUAGGUGGCCCCUCCGGCUCCUGGUGGCUGCCCCCCAGGGCCAGGCCGCUUUGAGGAGACGCCCCCAGGGGCCAGUUGCGCCUCAGGCCCGGGGCACUGCUGCUGAGCUGGGGGUCCGCAUCCCUACCUCAGCUUAGGACCGCCAGGCGGCUGGGAUCUGGGUCCUCCAGACCGGGGAGGGGUGAGAUGCAGGGGCGGGGAGCCUGGGGCAGUGCUCUGCCCUCUCGGCCCCACCUGUCCCCCCACAGGGCAUCCCGGCACCCCCUCUUCCAGGACCGGCAGUGGGCAUGCUGACUCCCCAUCACUGCCCUCUGGCUGCUCCCCCAGGGCCCAGAUGGAGAGCAGCCCUCUCCCCACGUAUUCCCCUCUGUGGUCCAGGCUGGCAUCUACCCUGGCCACGCCCCCAGAUCCGGUGCCUGCUGGCCAGCCCCCUGGGGUGACCCCACACCAAGGUGGCCCACAGCGCUGGGUAUGUUUACAGAAGCCCCUGGGCUGGGCUCAGGAUGCGUCCUGGGCUUGCAAGCCCCCCUCUCCCCCGUCGUGUGUUCUGAGCAGGGAAGGGAGGAAGGCCAGUCUCCACAGAGCCCAGGGCAGCUGUGGAGCCUGCAGGGGCCCGGAGGAGGGUGGGAUCAAGAUGCCCCUUCUCUCCUCGGUGCCCCCCUUGCUGAUCCCUCUGGCAGUGGGUCCUGGGCACCCUGUCCUCCUGUCUACCCAUCAUUUCCUGACUUACCUUCUACCCCCAGGGAUCCUGGCCACUCAAAGGGUGGAGGGCACAGGUGUGACCCCCACCCUGGCUGCAGAGUCAGCACCCUGGGAAGGAGGAGGGCACCCAAAUCCCCCUUCCUUUGAGGACUCCUUGUAACCCCUUGAUGCCACCUCACCCCCACGCGUAGGCAGCCUCGGGGCCUGGGAUCUGAAACCAGACCUGCCUCCACUCCCCUCAGCACCCCCUCCCUCUUCACUGGCCUGAGAUCCUUCCUGGCAGCGGGGCUGGCUUCUUCCCUACCCUGCCCCCCCCAUCAAUGUCCUGUCGGCAAGACGCAGAGCCAAGAGCAGGGUAUCGUGGGACCCGACUAAAGGGGGUGCAGCAGGGCCAGGGGCUUUGGGGCUGUCCCAGGUUAGCCGGAGGCCUCGCCAGCCCGCUCCUGAGGGGUUCCUUCCCUGCUGGGUUGGGGAGGCGGAGGCCAACCUCUCCCCAGAAGCCGAGUAGGGAAGGUGCGUGCUGGCGCGGCGCGUGUGUGCAUGAGUGUGCGCUGCUCCCGAGGAAGGGGCCGCUGGGACACCCGCCCCCUCCCACCUGCCCUGCCACCUUCCCAGCCCACCAAGAACAGAGCCGGUGACUGUGAUGGGGGCCCGUGCAGGGGUGGGGGGGGACAGGAUGAGCUCAGUUUCAGAAAUGUCCUACCUGCUGCUCUGAUCGCGGGUUUGGAAAACUGAUGUGUCCAGGCGCUGACCGCCUGCUUGUGCCUUCAUCUCUUCGGAGGCAUACUCCCCCACUCUGGCCCCCCACGGCCUCUCUGGGGCUGCUGGACUCCUCUCACCAAGACCCCCCCCUCCCACCCUCAUCUCAUAGUUACUGGUAUCUAGGGCCUGCGUCCUGACCUCGGUCCCACACACAGCUGGGACUGGCCUGGACACUGCCCCGGGGCCCCCGCCCACCCUGACGGCUGGAGACAGAGACCUGGGAGCUGGGCCUCCCUCCCUCUCUGGCACCCACCCCCUCCCAAGACUCCAGGAACCGCCACCCCCUACCCCCGACUGCUGCGGGCCCCGCUGCUGGCAUAGCCUGGGCCCAGCGCAGACACAGGAUGGAAUCAGUAGCUCUUAGAGUUUAAAAAAACAAAAACGAAAACAAAUCCUAAAUCAGAGUAAAGUUCCAACAAACACCUCAGCCAAUUGCAGGGAGAGACUUGGUGUCUGGCCUUUUAAUUCCUCCUCUGCCAGGGUGGCCCUGGGACCUCUAAGGGGGUGUGGUCCCCACCCACGCCCAGGACUGAGCCAUCAGGGACAGACCCCCCACCCCCAAGCCCGCAGCCACACAAAGCUUGCAGACUUGGGGCUGGGGCAGGCUUGGACUCAGCCCUGGAUGCCCCAGGGUCAGCCCCCCACCCCCUGAACUCACCCCCCCACACUGCACCCCUGCAGGAUGGGCCUGCUGCACAUCUCUCCCCUCCUCCCUACACCGCCCUUGGGGGGUCUGAGCCACCCCCCUCAGCCCAGCUAGGCUCAGACCCUCCCCCACUCUGUCCCCCAGACCGCAGCACAAAGCUUUCCCAGCCGCGAGCUGGCCUGCCCUCCCGGGGGCCUGGGUGACCUCCAUAUGCAAUCGGUAGGGAGCAGCUGGGUCCCACAGACUCUCAGGCACUGUGCGUGCCAUUCUCCCCUGACUUUUUGUACUUACUGUAUGAAAGAUCCAAACUAAUAUUGCUGUAAAAAGGAGAGACAAAUUAAUAUAGCUUAUUCUAUAAAUAUAUCUGUAUAUAAAGGUUUCUGUAUAUUGUAUAGAGCUGUGUAUAAACUGGAUGUAGACGCAC